CAUCUCGCCCCUGCCAUCUCUGACGGCGCCCUCCAUCAUGUUGGACAUCCUGCUUCUCAUGUUUUUUGCCAUCAUGGGUCUCGUCUUCCUCUCCUACAUCAUCUACAUACUAAUCCGGCUCGGCAACGCGGGCAGCGCGUGCACGGUGGCUGUGAUCCGGCUCUCCCGCAUCCCCGGUGUCCAUUAUGGACAUUGGGUGAAUGAUCUCGCCCAGGCCAUGAUGUGGGAUGUAAAGAGCACAGAGGGGAACGAAUGGAGAGGAAGAGCCAAUCUCUUUCCAUCUCUGCUCCAUCCUCAGUGUCAUCCUAUUCUGAUGUUUUCCAGCCUGACCCGUGGUGCUGUGUUACUGCAGAAAGCUGUGGAGAGAGAACAAGAUGCAGGAGGCCUGGAGGAUGAAUUCAUGCCCACAAAAGGUUGCCACAAG